GAGAGAAAGUCCCUGCGGGCCAGAGAGAGAGACGGAGAGAAACAGAGAAUAGAGAAGCACGAAUGUUGUUGUUAUUGUUGUGAAGAUGGCGACAGUGGUGAGUCCUGGUGUAGUGGAGAGGUGUCCCCUGUGUAACCAGAGAAGCAGGGCGUAUUACUGCAAGGAGUGUGUCAGAAAUGGAACCUUCUAUCACUCCAGAAUGCGACUGCCGGAGAGGUAUGCGGACAAGCGGCUGCGUUACCUGAGGCUGCGGCAGGAGACAGACGCCCUACAGAAGGAAGUGGAGAGGAUUCACACGGCAGAAACCAGACACCUGCUGCUGAAGGAGAAGACGGAGGAGGUGAAGGGUCGCAUCGCCCUCCUUCACCUUGUCCUUGAUGCCGCCAAGGACAACCUCACUAAAGUCAAGAUCCAGAGCAAGGAGAUCGAGAGAAACAACUCAGAUAGGAAAGUCCAGUUGCCCAUUUUCCAGCAAAGACUCGCCAAGAUGAAGACUAUUUUGGAACAGUACAGCAAGGAGAAGAUCGAGGAGAAGAGGAAGCAGGCCCAACAGAGCGAGGUUCGACUCAAGACAAUAGUGCGGUGGAGUUUGCAGGAAGUCAAUCGUUACAUCUUCCUCACUGAGAUCAAGCCGCCUAGGAGCAGUGACAGUGACCCUUCCAGCACGGCGUGGGCGCUGGCUGAGGCUUCCCAGACCACCUACGUGAGAGGGCGGUGGGUUUACACUGACGCCUCCCACGAAACGCAGUACAGGAUAGUGGAACCUCUUCUGCCGGGCUCCGGAGACUACAGCGCCUACAACCUGGCCGUCCUGAGCCUGGGUAGUGGGGAGGGGGAGGAGGGGGGCGCCAAAGAGGAGAAGGGCGGAGGCUUCAAUAUCUGUGCCGGCCUGACCUACCUGGCGCAGCUCGUUAGUGUGCUGGCCUUCUACCUGGACGCCACCCUGCCCAAGAAACUCUGCUACAGUGACUUCUGCAAGGGUGAGUUGAACGAGCAGCAGUUUGCCCGGCGCGUGUCCCAGCUGAACGCCAACACUCUGUACCUGUGCCUGAGUCAAGGUGUGCCGCCCGCCCUGCUUAGACCCAAACACACCGUGGCCAACGUGCUCGCCCUCCUCGACACCACCGUGGCUGAUCUGGGCAGACAGGGCAGCUUUGAGGUGCCCCCGGUGCUGGUGGAGAGCCUGGAGGAGGGAGAGGGGGACGAUACCGACUCAGAGGAUGAAGAGGACACCGACACACUAUCAGCGGAGUGGGAGACGGUUCCCCAUCUCCCCAUGCUUGAGACCCCGCCCAUGCCCACACUACAAGCCCACUCCACCCUCGCCUCCACCACGCUGUACAGUCAGGCCAUGGGCGGAGCGGUGGGCGGGGCGGGGCCGGGGGGAUUGGUCUCCUCCGCCGCCGCCUCCGUCAUGUCCCUCUUUCGCGGGCUUGGCGGACACCAUAAGUGAGAAGGAGAGGUGAGAGGGGGAGAGGGAGAGAGGGAGAGGUGAGGUUGAAGUAGAGAGAAAGAGAGAGAGAGAGAGAGAGAGAGAGAGAGAGAGAGAGAGAG